ACCGAGUACUUGAAAGGGUUGCCAGGCACUAAUCUCCAGCUGUGUUCAACUAAUCCCGCUUCAAGGUAGGACUGGGAUGUGAGUCAGUUCUUACAGCUCCUGGCGUGCCGCCCGCUGAUCAGGAGCUUGUGACAGGAGCUGGGUCAAGACAUCAGUGCUGGUGUUGCAACAGGCGCCGCUUUUCUCAAGGGGGGGAGUUGCUUCUGUGGCUCCUGUUUUCCUGCACCCCGGGAAGACUUGUGUCACCCACAGCCCCGGCACCAACACGUGUCCUUGUCCCCAGGGACAGCUCGUCCCGUUCUGCUGCCCCUCCACUUUCCUGGGGUGCUGCAAAGGCAAAUGUCUAAGUGAAGCUGCUCUAUGGCAACGAAAGCUGAAAGUAGCAAUUAAAAAUAAAUCAUGAGUCCUGAACAGAGCAAAUGGGGAGGGGAAGGGUGGCAGAGCAGCAGCUGCCCUCAGAGCCACCACAGGUGGAGCGGGAGGGACACUAAUCCCUGCACAGCCUCGUCACCAAGAGGAUUAGCAGGAGUUUAUCCGGUCCGAGCAGUGGCCGAGGAGGAGGAUCCGUGCAUGGGUAAGGGGGCAGAGCCGGGGAGCGGGAGCCGCUGUCCCCCACGCGCACGUCCCUUGGGUGCGCAGAGCACGGCGGGGGGGUGGUCCUGGGGACGUCACCUCUGUGUCCCACUCCACAGGGUCCCCAUGGGCCGGCAGCGCGUCCCGCCGGUGCCGAGGUGGAGGCAGCUCCUGCACGCCGGGUGCUGGCGGCUCCUGUCGCUCUCGGGGACGGUGCUGCGGGGGCUGCGGGGGCUCUGGAGGCUGCUGUGGUACCUGCUGAUCUGCUACAAGAUGUGCUGGGACAGCGCCUUCCAGGUCACCGAGGAGGUAACUGUCCCACCAUGUCCCCGCAGCGCAGGGGCUGUGGUGAGCUCCGAGCCCCAGGACACAGCGGAGCCCAGUGACGUGUGGCCCUGCAGGGGCUGUAGGUCCCCGGGGCACCACAUGGUUCCCCAGUCUGGGUCAGUCCAGGCUCGGUGUCCGGUGUCUCCGUCAGUCCCUGCUCUCCAUGGUGGUUUUCAGCUCAGCAUGGCACUGCGGGCGAGGCUGGAGAGCGGCAGCGAGGAGAGCGAGGAGGAGGAGGAUGGGGGCUCCACUUCUGUCCUGGAGCCAGGGCAGGCAGGGCAGCGGCGCGGUGACCCUGGCGAGGCCGUGCUGGGGAGGCUGGAGGCACUGGAGGCCGACGUCCAAUUCCUCUGCACCGAGCUGGGCGCCGAGAAGCUGCUGUGGAGCAGCCGGUUCCUGGAGCUGCUGCAGGAGCAGCAGGGCCUGCGCCAGCGGCUGCAGGAACGGCCGUGGCGGUGGGACAGCGGUGACAGUCCCGAGCUGCCGGGGGAGGCAGAGGAUGAAUGUGCAAGCAGGACUGAGGGAGAGAGCCCGGCAGGUGGGGACCUGCUAAAGGACACCGGUGGAUGGAGCCAUGCUGGCACCCGGCCCCGUGCCCAGGCAGCCUUUAGAGGCCAGCAGUUCUGUGACAGGUAGAACAUGUAAGUGAAUGUGCAAGCAGGGUGGUGGUGAGAAGAAGGAGCCCACGUCCUCCAUGCCCAGGCACCAUGGGACGUGGGCCAGGACACCACAGUCCCGGCUGUGUUCUCAUGUCCCUGUAUGUGCUGCCAUCCCGCGGUGCCAGCCGGGCCCUGUCCCGUCCUGCCUGUUCCGCAGAAUUGCAGCCACUUCCCAGAAGCAGGAACAGCGGGGAGGCAGCUCUGGGCAAGGUGCUGCCUCCCGCGCUGCCCAGGGCCCGUCACAGCCGCGCUGUGCCCAGGGCCACCCCCAGCUGACUGUCCCCAGGCAGGUUCUCUGCCAGCUCCCGCUCACCUUGCACAAGCUGGAGACGCUGGUGUCACGGAUGAAUUGCAAAACCCAAGUGCUGCCUCGUUUACUUCCUUGUUGGCCAGACAAGUCCCCUCCAUCAGCUGCUCCACACAAGUUGCAGCUCUUGGCUUUGGGGGGGGGCUGUCUCAUCCCCAGAGAACGGCUCAGCCACGGAUGCUGAGCUCCCAUCUGGGACGUCAACGGGUGACUCUGUGCUCUGGUCCUGCUGCCCCCACCCUGCCAAGGACCCCCCUCACAGCUGCUGCAAAAUACAGGCGGCUGCUUCCCA